CCCCUUCACUUGUGGUGUUGGGUGCAUGUUUUUUUUCACGGGUCAGCACCAAGACUGGACCAUCAGUGGGAGCUAAAUUUGGUAGUCAGGGUGGGUGAUCAUGUUCCCUAUCUGUGUGCACACGAUACUGUCCCAGUUACUUGAGCGAUGUCCUAUCUCGCACACCCAUAAGGUCUCUGAUGCCCCUGACAGCUCCACACAACUGUAUUUAGACAUUUACAACUUGAAAGAGUAAAUCGCAGACUUAGGAUUGGUUUGUUUUUUUAGUUUUUUUUUUUUUUUGCUUUCUCGUGACUCAAACUGACAGUUUCGUGGGGCCUGCCAGGAGGACGACCCUGCUACUUUCUUGCUGCUGCUUGAGCCGCCAUGUUUCUAGCCCUUGUGGUGACGCCAGAGCUGAGGGAGUUUCUGGUUCAGGCAAGAGGAGGAGCGGUGCGCCUCAUUAAGGUGCGCAUACAAGACGAACAGCUGGUGCUGGGGGCCUACAGGGAACCAGAGCAGAGCUGGGACCUGGAUUACGACCAUUUCCUUUUACCUCUGCUGGACCGGCAGGAGCCCUGCUAUGUGCUCUACCGCCUGGACUCCCACAAUGCACUGGGCUUUGAGUGGCUCUUCUUAUCCUGGUCACCUGAUGAGUCUUCCGUCAAAGACAAGAUGCUGUAUGCUGCCACCCGCGCCACCGUCAAGAAGGAGUUUGGCGGUGGCCAUGUGAAGUAUGAGAUGUUUGGCACACUGGAGGAGGACGUCUGCCUGUCGGGCUACCAGCGUCAUGUGUCGUCGUACUCCACCCCUGCACCGCUCACACUCGCUGAGCAGGAGCUGCAGAGGAUCAAGCUCACUGAGGUGACAGUAGAGAACAGCGUGGAAAGUAAGCAGCAAACCCUUCAAGGCCUGGCCUUCCCGCUGCAGGACACGGCCAGACGAGCCCUCCAGCAACUUGCCCAGAAGCAGAUCAAUUACAUACAGCUGAGACUGGAUGUGCAGCGAGAGACGAUUGAACUGGUUCAUUUCCACCACACGGAGACACGGGACUUGCCUUACAGAGUCCCCAAAGACACGCCAAGAUAUCACUUCUUCCUCUACAAACACUCCCAUGAAGGCGACUCCUUCGAAUCCGUCGUGUUCAUCUACUCCAUGCCUGGGUACAGCUGCAGCGUCAAGGAGCGAAUGCUCUACUCCAGCUGCAAGAGUCGACUCUUGGAGGAGGUGGAGAGAGAUUACCAGCUGCAGGUUGCGAAAAAGUUGGAAAUCGACGAUGGAGGUGUGUUGACGGAGGCGUUUCUGUAUGAAGAGUUUCAUCCUAAGCAGCACGCGCUCAGGCAGGCCUUUGCCAAGCCACGCGGCCCCGCCGGCAAGAGGGGACACAAGCGCCUCAUUAAGGGGCGAGGCGAAGCGGUGCAGGACGGCUAGAAGGCGGACAAAAUGUCUCGCUGGGGUGUUUCUCGAGUACUGGCACCUUGUAAAAUAACAAUCUGACACAUCGUCAGGCCCAAAACAAAGAUCUCAAUGUCCAGUUCUUUGUGCGCAUAGGAGACAUUUGUGAUAUAGAGGCUGGUCUCGCUGUAUGUAUGGUUCAGAAUUCUAUUGGUGUGUUUAAAAAUGUAUGAAAAAAAAAACACUCAA